UCGCUGAGCCAAAGGAUUCACUUAAAAGAGCCGGUGCUUUCCAUCACUGAAAAACAGUCAAGUGCGCGGUGAAAAAGCACCAUAAUGGACGCUGCAGUGGCAUGUAACAAUUGUGGCUUGCCGUACACGGUGUCUGAGGGUGAGGUUGUGGGGAGGCUGCCCCAUGUGCUCUUCUGUGGCCACAUCUUCUGUGCGGAGUGUCUCUGCUCUCUGGAGUGUCCUCAGGACUCCAACUCUGUCCCCUCAGUCAGCUGUCCCGAGUGUAUGAUGAGAACUGAAAUUGGUGAGGAAGGGGUUAAUGGAUUGCAAGUGGACAGCAGGAUAAUUGGCCUUAUCUACACAGCCAAGAUGAACUCCAAGAAGAGAAAAAAUGCAAGGGUUCUCCAUGGGGGAGUCAGUCAGACAGGUUGCAGAUUGAGGAGUCCAGCAGCAAAGUCGUCUACCCUCAAGAAUCUUGCCGAAGAGGAUCCAGGUGUGGUGAAGAUUCUAAAUGAAGCCCUCUGUAAAGCAUCAGAAAACCUGAAUACCCUGGAUAGUCUACACAAGACUCUGGUUACAGGCAUACAGUCUCAGCUGAAGAAAGAGAGGAAUCGAAUCAUAAAGGAAAUUGAUGUCUCCAUUGAAAAGGCAAUGAUCAUACUACAAAGAAGACGUAGUGCACUGGUGUCUGAACUGAGCUGUCUAGAGAAGCUCUUCUCAACUGGGAGGGAGGAGUGUCAGAAAAUGCAGGCGAGACGGCGAGAGCUGCGCGCAGCCAUCCAGAAAGCACGAUAUGUUUGCCAGGUCCCGUUGCUGGAGACUUACUGCCAUCUGGACGAGAUUCUGGAGACUCUGCAGAGUCCUGUGGACACUGAAUCGUAUGAUAUGAGCUGCCUCACUCUGCGUUCAGGUCUUGGGUGCAUUCUCAAUGUGGAUCAUGUGAAAGACUGCCUGGAGAUCACAGAUGGCAAUGUUAAGCUUGUGUGUGAGGAGGUGACCAUCCCGGCUGCUACAGUGCAUCUCAAGCGGCCAGCGAGGAGUGGACGUACAGGGGAAAGGAAAGGAGGCAGAGACAGCCAUCGAGUACCCAUCUCUUCUCACUCAGCAUCCCCAAAACAAAUCUGUACUCCAAGCCCUAAUGUUGUUAUAGAGGAAAUCAUUGAGGAAACAAUUGCUCAUGAGGAGAGAGUUGUAAUGCGCCAGGAGCCCAAGCAUACAGUGAGACAAAGGGUACAGAGGAAGAAUCACAGGGCAUUGCUGGACAGGAUUGCUGUCUCUCAAAGUGGUGCAUUGCAGGAGUGGGUUGCAGUGACCCACAUAAUCAACCCAACACAUUUUUAUGUGCGCUAUGUGAUGGAGCGAAAGGCAGGAGGCUUGCUGACCAAAGAGAUUAACAGCAUCUGCUCUGGAAAACACAGCCUCUUCACUAUAAAUGACCAAAUCAAGACUGGGACACUGGUGUUUGUAAAAUGGAAGGACAUCUGGUAUAGAGCAGUGGUGUCUGAGCUGAUUCAGAAAGGCUGUCUGGAGCGUGUGACGCAGUGCUCUGCAAAUGAUGUUGCACGCCUGGAAGUGUUCUUCCUUGAUUACGGCUUCUCUAAGGAACUCGCCAUCUCAGGUGAUGAUCUCGUUGGGUUGAAUGAAUGUGUGCGGAGAGCUGAUUCUUCUGCCCAGACAGACCUGCAUCGGUGGCCACCUCAGGCCGUUAGGUGUUCCCUUAAAGACAUCAUUCCCUCUAACCUGGUAAACGGUUGGAGCAGGGAAGCAUCUGAAGAGAUGAAGCGUGUGAUUGGAUCAAGUGUGUUGGAGAUGCAGGUGCUCGGUGAAGAGAGAGACACUCUUCUGGUGGAUCUGAAGAAAGUCUCGAUGAACACUUCACUUUCCCUGAGAGAACACCUUGUGUUCAUGGAGCUUGCCAGGUUCUAUUCCCCCCAGGUGAGCUCUGCAGGCAGUACGACACUGCUGUUUUACCCACCUGUGUAUCCCAAAUUGAACAUGGAGCUGAAUGCUGUUGUCUCCCACGUAAACACGCCAUCAGACUUCUACAUACAGCUAGUGGACAAUAUGGAGUUCCUGCUACUAAACACAAAACUGCAGAACUGUUAUGGUUUUCCUGGAGCUGAAAGUGAUCUUCAGAUCUACUCACCUGUUCUGUCCCAGGCCUGUGUUGCCCUCUAUGACAACAAGGAUUGGUGCAGGGCUCAAGUCACAGGUUUCCCCGGUGGACGGAUGGUGGAAGUCCAGUAUGUAGAUUUUGGCAACAGGGAAACUCUGUCUGUUAAAGACCUCAGACAGAUAAAGGAUGAGUUUUUUUCACUGCCAGCCAUGGCGCUGUGGUGUUCUCUGGAUAGUGUUUUGAGUGUUGGAGAAACUUGGAGUGAGGAGAGCAUCGACGUGUUCCGUAAACUGACAGAACAGAAAUUGGUCACUGUAGUUGCGAAAGAACUUGUGCCCGUUUCCAAGGCUAUGCCUGUAUGUCUGUUUGAAGUCAGCGAGCAUACUACUGAGUGUCUGUCCAGCAUCGGAGAAAUCUUAGUCACAAAAGGGCUGGCCUCUCUAAGCAAACAAGUCCCACCUAAGAAACCUCUCCCACCUGAGAAUACAGUUUGGGAUCCCCCAUUGAUGGAAGAGGGCCCAUCUCCGAGUGAGCCAAUGCUUCCUGCCGUUGACCCUUCACCACUCUUGUCCACUUUGACCCUGCCAACUUGCCUGAAAGAUUUGAAAGUGAGGGUUACCCAUGUGACCUCCCCUGGAAAUAUCUAUGUGCAGCUGCUACAGUAUGACACUCAGCUAAAGAGGAUCCAUGACUUGCUGAAAAAAGAGUAUUCCAAGUCUGAACCACAAGAGGUUGUCUGGAAAGCAGAGAUGUCUUGCGCUGCUAAUGUUAAUGGUAUUUGGGAGAGAGGAAAGGUGUGCAGUGUGUCUUCCGUCAAUGUUGCAGAGGUGCUGCGCUGUGACUUUGGUAAUAACGUGAAGAUCAACUUGAGUAACCUGAGACCUCUUCUGCCAGAGUUGGAUGGCUCCUUUCUGCUGGAGUGUUGCCUCAGUGACAUUAGGCCAGCUGGUGGUUGCUCCAGCUGGACGGCUACAGCGUGUGACUUUAUUUCCUACUACCUCACCGGUGCUAUGGCUAUAAUGACCAUUAAGGAACCUUCCUCUGUUAGACCAGUGCCUAUCUCUUUGUUCUGCUCCAACAGAGCAGGCCGGCACGUCAGCAUAUCAGAUUUCCUCAUCACUGAGGGUCUCGCUCUGAGAGAGAGGAGUGUCAAACCUGCACCCGAGUCAGGAUCUGACUUGUCUGACGACCUGGGUUGUGCAUUAGGUGAGACUUUGAACCUGGAAGAGACUGCGUGUGAAGAGAGUACUAAAUUGUCAGCUCCCUCUCUUACACCUCCCAAACCUGCCCCACGCAUCACUCCUCCUCCAGAAAGAGUGAGGACCCAGGCAUACCUACCCCCUGAGUUGCCUCCCUGCGGCGACACACUCGUGAGCGUCCCUGCUGUCUCUGAUGACGGAGUCAUCCACAUUAUGACACUGCAGGCCGUGUGUGAAUUUGAGCGCUUGCAGCAGCAGCUGCAACAGCACAUUAAGACUUUGCCCAGGCAUAAGCACUAUAACUGGAAGAAUGUAUUGGGAUGUGCCGUCAUGGGCUCUGACAUGCUGUGGUACCGUGGACAAGUCCAGGAGGUGAUUGGAGGCUAUGUGAAGGUACGAUAUGUGGAUCAGGGGAUUGUGGAGAAUAUUCCAGUGUGCCACGUGUAUCCGAUGGUGCUCUGUGAGAAUGUUCCUCAGCUUUGUGUGCCUUGCCAGAUAAAUGGGGUACUUCCGGUGGGGGGGACAUGGCAGUGGGACGCAGUGGCUCUUAUGAAGGAGUUGCUCAUUGGCCGUACGGUCAGCGUUCAUGUUAUCGAGCUGCCAGAGGAUCCGCGAGGUUUGGUUACCAUGGAGAUAAUUCUGGAUGGGAUGCCACUAAGCAAAAUCAUGAUGCACCACCAGCACGUCACGUUCAGCCCGUCUAUCGGCAGCCCCGAGGAUUAUGUGGUGAAACCUCCACUGCCUGAUUUGGAUGACUGGGACUUGAGCUCUGAGGGCUUGGAGGAACCCCAGACCAUCUUGGGGGUGUACACGGACUUCAAACUUCCAGACAAAGGGAAGUCCUGCUGGGUCAAAAUUAAGCAUGUUUGCACCCCUAACGAGGUUUUUUUGAGUGUGUUGGAUACACCAGUUUGUGAACAUGAACAGGAGUCUUUAGACGAAGCCCUGAGCCGAGUGAACAGUGACAUUGAUUCUUUGCCCAUGCUGACAGACUUCCCUAUUGAGGGUCCUUGUCUAGCUGAGUACAGUGAUGGUAAAUAUUACCGUGCUAAGCUUUUAGGCUUUUCUAAGCUCAACCCCAGCAUCCAGCUUCUUGUGAGACACGUAGACUUUGGCUCAGAUGACAUUUUGCCACUAUGCAAAUUACGUUGUCUUCCCGAGACACUGCUCCAUUUCCCGUGUGAGGCGGCCUGCGUUCGUCUGGCAGGGUUCAAGCCCCCGCAUCUGUGUCAAGAGCCAGAACGCAUUCCCUACAGGCCGGAGUGGAGCAUGAAGGCCAUGCUGGAGAUGAUCGACCUGCUGCAUGGAAAACUGCGCUGUGUGGUGACGGCUGUAGAGCCACAGCCAACUGUGCUGCUGUACAACGCCGAUGGAACUUUGGUCCAUACUCCUCUAGUGAAGAAAGGCCUAGCUGAUGAGUGAUGAAACAGAAUAAAGAGAGUUGUACUGAUGAACAUCCACCUCCAGUUUUGUUCUUACUCCUUUUUUUUUUUUUUUUUUUUUUAAAUAAACUGUUUAUUUUGCUGUUGAUAUUUUAAGUUCAUACAGAUAAGCAAUGAAAAGCUUGUUUUUUUUUCUUUUUUCUGUUUAAAAAAACAAUAAAAUAAUAAUAAUAAUAAUAAUAAUAAUAAUAAUAAUAAUAAUAAUAAUAAUAAUAAUAAUAAAGUUUAAACAGUUUAGUUUAAUAUGGCCAGAUAAAGGAAACAUGCCUACAACUUAAUGGAUACACUGUACAGCUCUAUUUAAGUAGGUUGAGUUUGUUUAUCAUACUAAAUUCUUAGUAUGGAAAUAUCUACAAGAUUAAAUUUUUAUUCAUAUUUACAUGUCAAUUAUUUACAUUUUCAACACGUGUAGAUUAAUCUUUUUUGCAUCUGGAGAUAAGGGCGAGUGCUUAGAUUUGAAUAUUCACGGUACAGGGCUAAUUUGAAUUUAUUUGCAAUUAAUCAAUUGCAAGGACAUUUUCAUUUUAAUAAGUCCAAUAAGUUUAGUUGUUGAUGUCAUUAACAAAGCAUUAACAAAUAAAUAUAUGUAAAACCCAUACCCUAUCCCUAAUCAUUUUGUUCAGUCUUCUUACCUUUUUUUGAGGCAGUGGUCUCAAUUUACGUUAUUAAAGUACACCUUACUUAAAGAACCGCUAUAAUUGAGUCUUCGUCUUUGUUGUAAACUCUACCUACUUGAUAUGAGCUUGGCCAACAUAUCCAGUAAAUCAUAGGCACUUUUUUCUUAAAAGGAGGCUCCAGUUUUAAGCAGAGAGGACACAAAUAAGAAAGUGACCCCUGAAAGAACUGUUCGGUUAUAUUUUCUGACUUAAUGUUUUAUUUUAGACCUCAAUUGCGGUAUUGUUCUGUUUUGUUCAGCAAGUUAUGUUACUUUAUUGCACUAUGGCUUUAUGCUUGUUACAGAACAAAUAAAUUCCUUGUUAAAAUUUCA